AUGUCUGAAUUACAUAAGAGUUUGGUUUGCUUAUGCGGAAAACAAAAAUCCAAUUUAAAUGAUACCAAUUGGAAGAGACACAUUAGUGCAUGUAAAAUAGUAGUUGAAAGGUCAAAAGUUUCAAAAACUAUAUCAACAUUCUUUGUUAAAAAACGAGACAAUUUGUUUGUUGACGAGGCAUCAACAUCAAGAAAAAAUAUAAUAGACCAAUCAUUUGAAACUUAUUUUUCUAAAGAAUCUCUGGAAGUUUAUAAAGACCUUUCUCUGUUUAGUAGAAAACGAUUAAAAGAAGUUUUUAAUAAUACAAGUAAAUUACCUACUGAUGCAUUUUAUAAUCUUGCAAAGAUUUAUAAUUCUUUUAUAAAUCAACAUGAACUUAUUAAAGAAUACUUACAUUUUUCUAAAGUAUAUUUCAACUUUGAAUUGACUUCAAAUCUUCCAAAAACGUUCCAUGAAAAUAAUCUUGAAAGUAAUGAUAGCGAAGAUGACUGUGACAGUGAAGACUUAGAAAAUAUUGAAGGUGAAGAUUCAAAAGAAAAAAAUAAUUUAUCAAGUAUUUCAACUAUAUAUGCCGUAUUUGUAGCUGGAGGUCUAAUUGAAGUAUUUCCUACUUUAAACAAUGCACUUCGCAUUGCAUUGACUUUACCAGUUUCUAGUGCUUCAACAGAAAGAAAAUUUUCCAAAUUAAAAAUUGUGAAAAACAGAUUGAGAACAACUAUGACACAAGAGCGACUUGAAUCAUUGAUGAUGGUAUAUUGUGAACAAGACAUAAAAUGUGACACCAAUACUAUCAUUAACAAAUUUGCAUCUCAUGGGAACCUUAUAAAUGAAUUUAAUGCUUGA